UUGUCACUCCACUAUUAUAGAACUCUCUAUUUUUUGUUCUCUUUCUUUUUAUGUGUUGUGUUAAAAUGUAGCACGUCUUACCAUUACUAUCCAUAUCAUUAAUCAUCCUCUUCAAGCAAACCCUUUGUUCGUUUUUAGCUGUUUCUCAAGAGGAAUGGGUCCAAAGAAAUGGUUUAAAAUAAUAAUCAGAAGGAAGAAACCGAAGGAAGAUAAAUCCAAACAAGAACAGGUACAUUCUACUGCUGAAAUACCAAAUGAAUCCUCCAAUGGGAAGCAAAGCCCUCAUGAAGAGUCAAGUAGCACUCCCAAUGAAGGUUUGAUGCUGGACGGGACAGUUCCCUCGAGGUUGAUUGACGAUAUUGCUGCUACUCGGAUUCAAAAUGCAUUUCGUUCAUUUAUGGCAAGAAGGACAUUUCAACAUCGACAGGGAGCAGAGAAAUUUGAAGCUUUAAUUCAAGACCACAUGGCCAGAGAGCAAACAUCAACUACACUUAACUACAUACAUUCAUGGAGCAGAAUACAAGAUCAAAUUAAAGCUCGCAGAGUCUGUAUGAUAACAGAAGCCACAAUUAAGCAAAAGAAAUUGGAAAACCAAUUAAAACUUGAAUCUAAGAUUAAUGAGCUUGAGGUGGAAUGGUGCAGUGGUUCUGAAACAAUGGAAGAGAUACUUUCCAGGAUACAUCAGCGAGAAGAAGCAGCAAUUAAACGAGAGCGAGCCAUGGCAUACGCUUUCUCUCAUCAGUGGAGGCCAAACUGUAGCCAGUAUUUUGGACAGGCUUCUUAUAGCCUUGGUAAAGAAAGCUGGGGUUGGAGCUGGAUGGAGCGUUGGGUUGCAGCACGUCCUUGGGAAGUCCGGGUUCAAGUUCAGUCCCCCAAAACAAAGAAACUCAAUGGCCAGCAGCAGAAAACCAAGUUAGAUAAGAUGAACCACAACGAAACCAAAUCACCCUUGGCUAAAGCUGCCCUGUCAAAUGGGAAGGAGACUGAGAAAGGAAAGAAACACAGCAUUAGGACUGGCUAAAAUUUGCUGAGGCAGAAAGUUUGAUGGCUCUUGGGUACUUAAUCUUCUUUUGGGGUUUAUUUUCCAUAUUUUGGCUUGUGAGAGAAUCUACCAUUUGAUGUGUAGUGUGUAUCAUUAGAAGACUUUCACAUUUAUCUGCUUUUGUAUGCUCAUAAUCCGUAGUUUUGUUUGAAACUUGAGAAUGGUUUGCUACUCCCUUCAUUUCAGGAGCAGUUAUUCAUAUUUUUAUGCUAAUGUAUUAAGUAUUAGAGAUCAAAUAUUUUCA